AUGAGUUUACCAAGACAUAGCCAAGAGUUUAGAGAUGGCGUCAAUAGAUUCUUGGACUAUGCUUACUCCGUUGGAAAUCCUCAAGGAGAGGAAAUUCUAUGUCCUUGUGCAAAAUGUUGCAACUUCCUUUGGGGUCAAAGAGAGUCUAUUUAUAGCCAUUUAAUAUGCUUUGGAUUUGUCAAGGGCUAUACACGAUGGGUUAAUCAUGGGGAAAGUGUAAUUGGUAUGGAUGUCGAUACUGGUGAUACCGGUGAGAUUUAUUCAUGCAAUGACAUUGAAGGCUUGCUAGACGAAAGGUUUAGGAAUGUGGCAGAUGUUGAAGGAGAAAAAGAAGGUAUGAACGAAGAUGCAAAGAAGUUCUAUAAUUUGGUUGACGAGGCUAGCAAGGAACUAUAUCCUGGUUGCAAGGAAUUUUCUACUUUAUCUUUCACCAUCCGACUAUACUUAUUGAAGUGUCUACAUGGAUGGAGCAAUGCCUCGUUCACUUCCCUCCUGGAGUUGUUGAAAGAGGCUAUUCCUAACUUGAAUCUCCCUUCUUCUUUCAACAAAGCCAAGGCUAUGGUGAGAGAUUUAGGUCUUGAUUAUAAAAAUAUUGAUGCAUGCCCAAAUGACUGCAUGCUAUAUUGGAAAGAGCACGAAAAUGAAACAUGUUGCCAUGAAUGUGGAACGUCUCGUUGGAUUGAGCCUGCGGUAGUUGAAGGUGACAUAUCUUCAAAGAAAGCUCACAACAUUCCUGCAAAGACAUUACGGCACUUUCCCCUAAUUCCCAGGCUUCAAAGGCUAUUCAUGUGCUCAAAGACCGCUAAGAAUAUGAGUUGGCAUCAGGAAGAGCGUAAAAAGGAUGGAAAGCUAAGGCAUCCUGCCGAUGGUCAAUCAUGGAAAGAUUUUGAUAACCGACAUUCAGAAUUCGCCAAGGAACCUCGUAACUUGAGACUUGGUUUGGCGAGCGAUGGAUUCAAUCCGUUUCGAACCAUGAGUAUAUCUCAUAGCACAUGGCCGGUUAUUUUAAUGACUUAUAACUUGCCACCAUGGAUGUGCAUGAAACAAGAAUACUUCAUGCUUUCUCUGUUGAUCCCGGGACCAAAAUCGCCAGGAAAUGAUAUUGACGUGUACCUGCAACCAUUGAUUGAGGAAUUGAAGGAGUUAUGGGAACUUGGGUUAUCUUACACAUAG